AUGAUCUUGUUUCUUGGUUUUAUAAGUUGUAUUGUAAUUAGAUAUAAAUUUAAGAUAAAUGAUGCGACAGUAGAAUUAGAGUACAAGAUUCCAGUUGUAGAUGAAGUAUUCAAUAGUUUGAGAGGAUGUAAAUAUUUUAGCAUCGGAGAUGUAGUCAAAGGUUACUUUCAUGUGAAGAUGGAUUUAGAGUCAAGGAAAUAUACAGCAUUCAGGACCCGUAAAGUAAAAGAUUAUUUCGAUGAUCUCAUCAGUGGCGAUGUGACGUUAGAAGAGAAUGUAGUUAGAGUAAUCAGAAUUAGUAAGAAGACAGAGAUAUUGGAUAGAAUGGAGUAUCCAACAACACCAAAACAAGUACAGCGAACUUUGGGAUUUUUUAAUUAUUAUCGAAAGUUUGUUGACAAGUUUGUUGAAAAGACCAAACACGCAGAAGAACUUAGAGUUUUCAAGACAGAUUUCGAAAUAAAUGACGAAGCAAAGAUUCGAUUUAUUGCGAAAAGAGUUGAAAAAUACAGUAGAUCUAAUGUUGCCAGAUCCAACAAAGGAGUACUUUGUUUAUACAGAUGCAAGCGACAUCGUAAGGAUGUGGAAUUGGUAAAGCUACGUCACAAGGAAUCAUGGAGAGAAAGUAAAGGGUUAAUUUUUAUUUUGGAUAAGAGUUUCAAUAAAAGAUUACUUUUGGUAGAUGAAAAGCAUAUUAAAGAAGUAAUAACGGAAGCUCAUGGAAUGGUGGAUCGAUUUUCGAAAUAUACAACUAUCAUUCCAACUACAAAGGAAAUCACAGCAUUGGGUACAGCAAAGUUAAUUCAUCAACAUGUGUUCUCAUUGAUUGGAUUGCCGUUAUCAAUUGUAAGCGAUCGUGAUACUCGCUUUACAAGUGAAGUGUGGUUAGAACUCUUUAAGAAGGUAGGAUCAAAAUUGAGAAUGUCCGUACCGAGACAUUCGCAAUCAGAUGGCCAGAGUGAGCGCACGAACAGGAGAAUCAGAUCUAUGCUCAGGAAGCUAUCGUUGGAGUUCAAAGACAAGUGGGAUGAAGAGAUUAAGAAUAUUCAAUUCGCGACCAAUUCAACUUAUAAUUCAACAUUCAAACUAUCACCUUUCGAAGUAGUGCUGGGAUACAUUCCUGUAUAUCCAAUUAACAUGUUUAGAAACAAUAAUACAUCGAAUAGAGAAUGGAUCAGAGAGAUGGUCAAAGACAUAACAAAUAUAUUGGAGUAUAGAUCUUUGAAAAUGAUUAAUUUAAAUUUUUUUUCUUAA